AGGGUUUGGUGGUGUUAUUGGCUGGUCAUUUGAAUGCAAAUCGACAGGUUUUGAAGUCGUGGCUGACGUCAGGAGGGCUUGGUUAUACCUUUGCCUCCACCACCUUGACAACACAGUCACAUCAUGUUUGAUUGAAGCACGUCCAGGACUACGUCGCGUGACCUGGAGCCCAUUUUGGACUACUACACUUGAGAUAAACAGUACUGAGUCAGGCCUUGGUUUUGAGUGAUACUUGGCUUGAUGUAUGGCUGGCAUGUUGCCUUAAAAAAGUUAUUUUAGGGGUUUCUUUCAAAUCAUGUACGUUGGAUACCUUUUGGAUAAAGAGGGAAGCAUGUAUCACCAAGGAGCCGUGCGAAGAUCUGGCAUCAGUCUUCCACCACAGAAUUUUGUUUCCACACCUCAGUAUUCAGAUUUUACAGGAUACCAUCAUGUGCCCAACGUGGACACACACGCGCAGUCAGCGGGGACAUGGGGCCCUCCUUACGGCGCACCGAGAGAGGACUGGGGCGCCUACAGCCUGGGUCCUCCAAACACUAUUUCUGCUCCUAUGAGCAGUUCAUCCCCGGGACAAGUUUCCUACUGCUCUUCAGAUUAUAAUGCCAUGCACGGCCCGGGAUCAGCAGUGCUGCCUCCACCACCUGAAAACAUUUCUGUGGGCCAGCUUUCACCUGAGAGAGAAAGACGCAGUUCCUAUCAGUGGAUGAGCAAAACCGUGCAGUCCUCCUCAACCGGCAAAACGAGAACGAAGGAGAAAUAUCGAGUUGUGUACACAGACCAUCAGAGGUUGGAGCUGGAGAAAGAAUUUCAUUUUAAUCGCUACAUCACAAUCAGAAGAAAAUCAGAAUUGGCAGUAAACCUCGGGCUUUCAGAAAGACAGGUAAAGAUCUGGUUUCAGAACCGCAGAGCUAAGGAAAGGAAAUUAAUCAAAAAGAAACUGGGUCAGUCUGACGGCAGCGGAGGAUCAGUCCAUAGCGAUCCCGGUUCUGUCAGUCCCCUACCGGUACCAGGGUCACUGAGUCCGUCAGACAUACACGGUUCUCUGUACCCACCCCCAGGAAUGAGCGCCUUGCCAUCUAUGAGGAACAUACAGCAAGUUACUGUCACUCAGUGAACUCGAACUUGAAAGAUCCAACUUUAACUGAGCACUCCAACACGCUGAAAGGACUGAACCGAAGCGGACCGCUCGCGUGGCCAAAACGGA